AUGUCUUCAAAGCCGCCCAUACAUUCCACCAAACAAAAAAUCUUGCGAGCGGAUCAGAAUGGAAAACCUUACUACAUCUAUGCCAGUUCUUCUGGCCAGGAGGAGAAACCUGAUGAGAAUAUCCAUGUUCUCAAUCCUGACUCGGAUAGCACUACGGACACAUUUGUUGCAUCCUUGGAAACCAAAGUUAUCGUUCUGUCCGAGAAGCCGGACUCACCAAACAUGACGGCUACCUUGGAUGAUUCCGAUGAGAUAGGCAAAUGGCUUCAAGAGCUCGACCCGGAUGCCACUGGCUCCGUGACUCUUGACAUGUCCUGCCAAAGCAUUGAAAGUUUCUCAAUUGCUUUCAAUAAACCAUGGCCAUUGACAUUCAGCUCAUCUAGUGAAGCAUUGCUGUUCACCUUUGGUGCACCGCCGGAGCUGGUUGGUGGCGAUACGAGUGGAAGGAUUCCGCCGCCUGGCAUUGACGAGUCAGGGGAAAUGUUGACGUUCGGUCUUGACCCUUCCAAAAUCAAUGAUGUCGACAUAAAGCUCAAGGAUCUAUUCACAUACGCUGGCCUGGAUGGCACGCUCAAGUCUCUGCCAGACGACUUUCCAGACCUGAUAGUUACGCUCACGGCACCCAAUCAAAACGAUUCACCAAAGAGGAAUGCUGUUUGGAUUGUGCCCUGUUCCAACAUGCAAACCACCAUCCGCCUACAGCUCCCGAUGCCUACUUUCACGCCUCUUCAAGACUUGCUUCUCGGUGCUCUCAAGGGUUUUACACUCAAAAGCACAGAUGUUGUCUGCAAGAAGCGGGCAUCGCAAGCAACACCCGAAGAUGACCAGCCUAAGGAUAAGGAUGAUAAACCCGAGGACGGAGAUGAUGAGCCUAAGGACAAGGGCGAAGUCAUUUUCAACGUGGAGUGCUCUGUCAAGGCAGAAAGCAAAGAGGCGCCAGUUGUAUCCAUGACCGCCAGCGUCGAAUUUGUUCCCUCUGGCAUCAACCUCAUUUUCAUGUUUGACUCGGAGGACCAACUCUCUGGCAUCUUAAAGUGGCUUGCUGGACUUAUUGAUGACAAAAACAUCGAGUCUCUUGUCAACGACAUACUGGACAAAGAGAAGAAUGAUGUCAAGUUGCCAUCAGAUCCCACUCUGCGGAGAAUGACUAUCAGUCUCGAAAAUUCGAAGGAUCCAAAGUUGGCAUCAUUUGCCUUUGAUAUCGAAGAAUCGGUUCUUUUUGAUGAGGCCAGUUCCAAACCCGUGGUAUUCCUCAUUUCGUACAAUUGGACUAGCACCGAGGGCGGGUCUGGCACUCUAACGGGCAAGUUAUGGAAUGACUUUGAUGACCCCACUGACCAGGAUCUGUCGCCAUCUUUCGAGACCUGGAACACCUUGCAGCCUUUGGAGCAAUCUCCGGUCGAGUCAAUUACCCUCGCAUCGAUAAUCCCAUCUCAAACAGUCACAAACAUCCCUGAUACACUACCCUCAGAAAUCAAAAACGCCCAAAUUGAGCUCUCCCAGGAUAUAUUCACCAUCAAGUGCACUGUCGAUGCCAACCCCAUUACUCCGGGCUCUGUCCCCCAGCCUUAUCUGGACAAGGUUGGUUUGGAUGGGUCUUUCUCUUGGGGUGAAAGCGACUCUUUCACCUUGAAGGUCGACAUUAGCGCUGGAAUCCAGCCGAGCGAGGGCUCCGACCUUCCCACUGCCCUCCUUACCGGAUCGCUCAACUACGACUCUUCCAAAGGAACGUGGGGUCUUAAGGCCUCUAUCGAGGACCUAUACGGCUCGACACUGGCCGAGUUUUUCGAUGCCAAUGCCAAAAGCCACGUUGAGCCUUUGAUUAGGCAAAUUGCCGUCAAAGAGGCGACUGUCGAGUACGAAUACACAGCGGAAGAUGGAGAAUCAAAGGCCAGCAAGUUUGCACUCAAGGGAGAUCUUGUCAUUGCGAAAUUCACACUGGGGCUCGAUUUUACGUACGAUGAUACUGGUUUUACAUUCACAGCCACCUUGAACCCGGAAAGCAAAGAAGUCACCGUCGGUGAAGUAAUUGCGGACAUUCUCAAUCCUGGCGGCCAAAUCGACCUGCCCUACUUUGCCUCCAACACGAAGCUCGUUGGUGAUGAUAAAGAUGCCUUCAAGAUUGAUAUCAAGAAGAAAAGCGGUGAUGAAGAAGAUUCGGUGGUAUCCUCUUUCCAAUUCCUCGCACAGCUCAACUUCGGCAAGCUGCACCUUGAGUUUGCGCAGCUACACAGCAGUGACUGGGAACCCACUGCACCAUCCAAGCGGCUGAUUAAAGUUUCCAUCGAUGCCUUCCCCGAAAUUGAAUUCAGCAUCCCACUGAUCGGUCAGUUGAAGCAGCCGCUGGACGAACUCUACUUCCUCUGGGUGCAAGAUCCACCACAGAAAGCUCAAGCUGGGAAUAAUUCGGGCCUCACACGCUCCGAUGUUACCCAAUUGAACGGCGGUCUCGGAAGUCCGAUUAUGUUCAAAGAUAAGAUCAAAGAUCCCAAACAGAAAGACUUAUUGUUGGCGGCCGGUUGCCACUUCACUGUUGUUGUUCACAGUACCACAGGCGAGCGAUUGUGCUUGCUAGACUACGAGUUCACGAAACAAAAGGACUCGGCCGUCAAUGCCGUGACUUGGCCUACAGGCAAGGACGACAGAAAACUGAAGGAGGGUGAUGAGGAUGAUGGCGGACCAAGCGCACAGGCACCAUACAAAAAGGUGGCUGGCCCACUUUCCAUCAGCAACGUCGGGCUCAAAUACAAGGGGAAGAAGCUGGCCAUUAUGUUUGACGCCACGUUCGAUAUGGGCCCUGUUAGCUUCUCACUGGUCGGGUUCAGCCUCUCAGCCGAAUUCGAAACGCUCGACAAGCCUCCUGACAUCCAGGCCAACAUCGAAGGGUUGGCUGCGGCCUUUGAUAAGCCGCCUUUAACGAUUUCUGGCACUAUCCGCCAUGUCAGCAGCGGAGAAAUGGAUUACUUCGCAGGUGGUCUUAUCGUCGGCUGGGUUCCGUACGAGUUCCGGGCCGCAGGCUUCUACGGUAUGGUAAAACCAAAGACCGAUGACCCAUUCCGGUCUAUCUUUGUGUUUGCCAAAUUGGACGGGCCCCUAAUCACGUUCGAGUUCGCCGAGGUCACAGGCAUCUGCGGGGGCUUCGGUUACAAUACCAGUGUGCGAGUGCCCACACCUGACGAGAUCCACGAGUUCCCUUUCAUUGCCAACGGAGACCUAAGUGACCAGGAGAAUGCGCUCGACGUUCUGAUGAAGCUGGUAGACCCAGGACCGCAGGGUUGGUUCCAACCACUGGACAAGACGUACUGGGCCGCCGUGGGCAUGAAGGUCGAUGCUUUCCAAAUGCUUAGCAUCGACGCCGUGCUGGUCGUACAGUUUGGAGAUUCAAUCAAGGUGGGUAUCUUUGCCGUGGCUGCGGCCGACAUCCCGAAAUCCGAGGGGGUCAGGUUUGCGCACGUCGAGCUUGGGGUCUCGGCCAUCGCCGACCUUACCUACGGCACCCUAAAGAUCGAGUCACAGCUCUCCCCAAGCUCAUUCAUCUUCACUCAAGACUGCCAUCUCACUGGAGGCUCCGCCUUGUACUAUUGGUUCGAUGCGCCCCAUGCCGACCAAUCCAAAGUUGGAAGCUUCGUGUAUACGCUCGGUGGCUAUCACCAGGCGUACGAUGUGCCCGUAGGAUAUCCCAAUCCGCCUCGAUUGGGCAUCAGCUGGGAUCUGGGCGGUGGCCUCAGCAUCUCAGGCCAGGCCUACUUCGCUAUCACGCCAAAAGCCUGCAUGGCCGGAGGUCAUCUCCAUGCCUCUUUCCACGCUGGACCCAUCGAGGCGUGGUUCGACGCCUUUGCUGAUCUCCUCAUCAACUACAAGCCCUUCCACUUCAACGCUCAAGCCGGGCUUGCUGUUGGUGUGCGCUUCCACAUCGACAUCUGGUUCAUUCACACCAGCAUUUCGGCUGAGAUUGGCGCUCAGCUGUACCUUUGGGGCCCACCACUGGCUGGCCGCGUACAUGUCGACUUCUGGAUCACCUCUUUCGACAUCGACUUUGGCAGCUCCGAGAGAGGCAUCAGUCCAGUCAGUCUGGAGGAGUUUUAUCAGCUCGUGCUGCAAUCAUCAUCCGCUUCUGUGGCAUCAGCGAGCAGACCUCUGCUUACUGAAGCGGAGGAGGGAGAGAAACAUGAAGUGUCAAGCCCGUCGCCGCGAAAGAACGAAGGGCACAACUUCCUCCCUCAAUCCGGGUUAAUGAAUCCAGAUGCCAAGCCGGAGAGGGAACAGAAUGAGAACUGGAUAGUGCGCGCUGGUACAUUCUCUUUCAUCAUCGCGUGCAAGAUGGCCAUCGACACUUUCCAGGCCGGUCCCGAUCAUCAUGUUGUCUUCAAUGGCCCCAGUGUCUAUAGCAAGCCGAUGCAGCUUACGAGCAGCAUGAGCUCGACACUCAAUGUGAAAAUGACGAAGACCCUGGAAGGUAAAGUAGAAGAUGCAGAUGAAGAUUGGCAAUAUUCGAAGCACUUAAAGAGCAUGCCAAAAGGAUUAUGGGCUGAAUACGACCGGAAAUACGACCCACAAGUUGGAGGGAAUAACAUCAAAGACCUUCUCAACAGCUCCGAUGCUUCUAUUCCCCUGUUGAUGGGCGUGGAGGUCAAAGCCCCCAAACCACAAAUGUCCCAAGACCCUUUCCCGGCCUUCAUCGUCGCCGACGCCGACUUGCAGUCUCUUACUGCAGAGAAGCCUUUCCCCGACAUUCAACCUGUAAACUCUGCUUGGGCUCCCGCCAAACCCUUAGAGGUCGAGAAGCAGUACGAUGAGGUGUUGAAAUACUGGCGUUCGCCUAAUGGUGGGACUGAUGCGCAGAAUAGUUUCGUGGAUAGUUUGGCCAGGAGUUACGGGUGGGAUGAAAACGACAAAAUGAAGGACAUCGCGGGGAUUCCGGACAGACUGAGCAAGGGUUUCAUGGACACAUAUGUAGCUGCACCGAUGGUGACGGUAGCAGUUUGA